UUAAGAUAAGAAAAUCAGAUAGGAUGGCCAUUCCGGGCUUUUGAAAUGGCUACGUGUCAUAAAUCCGCAUGGUUGUGCGAUCCGUUCCCUGUUUUCCAAUGAUCCGAUCUGAAUUCCUGCUGCUCGCUCGCUCUCUCGCUCUCGCGCGCUCUGAUCAGUAAAAAAUAUCUCCUACAGUCGGGACUGACGCUCACCGUCUACCUCCACCUUUACGCACAAUGUCUAGGCGGACGUCCCCGGUUUCGAUUUUUUCCAGCUCGGGGUCCUUUUAAUCUCGCGGAUAUGGAUUGACUUUGAUUUGGCUGUGCAGCCUGUUGAAGUUUUAAACCGCGUUUCUCCGGCCGAUCGCGUCUUCCCUUUCGGCGAGCUUCAUGUUUCCAGCGGCAACUUUCGGAAGUGACUCGUUCCGGAUGCGUUUGCGCUACUAAACCGACCCGAGCGCUCGAUCAGGCGGAUUUUAAACACGGAUCGCGUCCGAGGCUUUUGGUACUUCUUUGACUUGUGAUUAAAGUGAUGGCGGAGCGGCUGCUCGUCGCGGUUUUCUGCCUCACGAUCACGCUUUCACACGCUGAGAAAGGGUCAGCAGUGAGAAACUUCAGCCCGUUCUGGUUCUCCACUGAGCCGUCGGACACGCUAGCCGUGCGGGGAGCGCCGGCGCUACUCAACUGCUCGGUCCACGGCGAGACCCCUGCCAAGAUCGAGUGGAGGAAAGAUGGCUCUUUUCUCAACCUGGCGUCGGAUGAGCGCAGGCAGAUCUUGGCUGAUGGCUCUCUCCUCAUAACCUCCGUGGUUCAUUCCAAACACAAUAAACCCGACGAGGGGGUUUACCAGUGUGUGGCCACUAUAGACACCCUGGGCACCAUCAUUAGCCAUACAGCCAGACUCAGUGUAGCGGGAAUACCGCGGUAUCUCAGCCAGCCUGAAGCGGCAUUGGUUCGGGUGGGUGACAAUCAGGUGCUGAGCUGUGAGGUAAAUCCAGACCUGGUGUCUUUCAUCCAGUGGGAGAGAAACAAAGAGCUGGUCCAGCUGGAUGAGAGAGUCUUCGUCCUGUCGAACGGAGCUCUCGUCAUCAGUAAUGCCACAGAGACGGAUGCAGGAUUAUAUCGCUGUGUCAUAGAAAACGCUGGGCCCAUCAAGACCAGCGAGGAGGCCGAAAUACAGAUACUGCCUGAAACGGGGGAGGAGAGGAGUUUGGAGUUCCUCCACGAACCUCAGAUCGUUUCUAAAAGCAUAGGCGAGACCGUGCUGUUCCCUUGUGUGGUGAUGGGAUAUCCCACAGCCUCCGUCCGCUGGAUGCAUAAAGACCAGCUCAUUGAGGAGAGGAAGAGCCGCUUUGAGCUGCUUGGUGGGGGAAGUCUGCAGAUCUUCAAUUUGACAAAGGAAGAUGCUGGCAUAUACACUUGCCAGGCGGACAACGUCAAUGCAUCCAUUGAAGCCCAGGCUGAGCUCACAGUGAAAGCUCCCCCACAUUUCCUGAAGAAACCCACCAACAUGUAUGCUCACGAAGCCACGGACGUCGUGUUUGAAUGCGAGGUCAGCGGCUCGCCCGCUCCCACCAUCAAAUGGGUGAAGAAUGGAGAUGCCGUCAUUCCCAGUGACUAUUUCAAGAUCAUCAAGGAGCAGAACCUGCAGGUGUUGGGACUGGUCAGAUCAGAUGAAGGUUUCUAUCAGUGUUUAGCUGAGAAUGAUGUAGGAAACGUGCAGUCUGGUGCUCAGCUCAUCAUUUUGGAUCCAGAUGUGUCCAUCCCCACAUCCCCUCCCACCUCACUGACCCGUUCCACUACUGACCAUCUAAUGCCAGGCUCCGGAAGCAGUGCUGGUCCCACUCCCUCCGCCCCCCGCGAUGUCGUGGCCUCCCUGGUCUCCACCCGCUUCAUCAAGCUGACCUGGCGCCUUCCGGCCGAGCCACAUGGAGAUGAUGUCACCUACUCUGUUUACUACGGCUUGGAGGGCACUAACAGGGAGAGGACCGUCAACACGAGUCGUCCGGGUGAAAUGCAGGUCACCAUUCAGAACCUCAUGCCAGGGACCAAGUACAGCUUCAGGGUGGUGGCCCACAACACGAAUGGACCUGGAGAGAGCUCGGCACCUCUGAGGGUCGACACCCAACCUGAGGUCCAGGUGCCAGGACCUGCUCCCAACCUGCAGGCAGUGGUGACGUCCCCCUCUACAGUGAGCCUCAGCUGGGACGUGCCUCUCACGGGCAACGGCGAAAUCCAAAACUACAAACUUUACUACAUGGAGAAGGGCGUGGGCAUUGAACAGGAUGUGGAGGUGAACGCGUUAUCCUACACCAUGACUGGACUAAAGAAGUUCAUAGAGUACAGUUUUAGAGUCGUGGCUUAUAACAAACAUGGCCCUGGAGUUUCUACUGAGGAUGUGUCAGUACGGACCUACUCUGAUGUCCCCAGUGCCCCUCCACAGAACCUGAGCGUGGAGGUGCUCAACUCUAAGAGCAUCAUGGUCCGAUGGAACCCGCCUGCAGCAGAUGCUCAGAACGGCGACAUUAUCGGCUAUAAGAUCCGUUACAGGAAAGGAGGGAGAAAGAGCGAAGCGGCGGAGAUAACUUCAGGAUCACAGCUGUCUCAGCUUAUAGAGGGGCUGCAGCGGGGAACAGAAUACAUGGUGCGAGUGUCGGCCAUUACAGUGAAUGGCACAGGUCUGGCCACGGAAUGGAUGACCUCUGAGACCUUUGAGAGCGAUCUUGACGAGACAAAAGUGCCAGAUAUGCCCAGCUCCCUCCAUGUGCGGCCGCUUGUCAACAGUAUUGUAGUGAGCUGGACCCCACCAGAGAAUCAGGACAUCGUGGUGAGGGGUUACAUUAUCGGCUAUGGGAUCGGCAGCCCUCACGCACAGACCAUUAAAGUGGACUACAAACAGAGAUACUACACCAUCGAGAACUUAAAUCCAAGCUCACACUAUGUGAUCACACUGAAGGCCUUCAACAACGUGGGGGAGGGCAUUCCUGUGUAUGAGAGCGCCAUCACACGACCCCAAUCAGACCCCAUAGACCCUGAUGUUGAUUUGUACGAACUUUUCCAUGCUCCAUACACUCCAGUACCAGAACCUUUACCCAUGCUGCCUCCCGUGGGCGUUCAGGCGUCCGUCCUGAGCCACGAUACCAUCAAAGUCACCUGGGCGGACAACUCGCUGCCCAAGAACCAGAAGAUCACAGAUGCGCGCUACUACACGGUGCGCUGGAAGACCAACAUACCUGCUAACACAAAGUUUAAGGUGGCUAACACCACCACCCUGAGCCACACAGUCACGGGUCUGAAGCCCAACACCUUAUAUGAGUUCUCAGUUAUGGUGACUAAGGGCAGACGAACCAGCACCUGGAGUAUGACUGCUCAUGGAACUACUUUUGAAACAAUUCCAAGUUCUGCACCUAAAGAUGUGACUGUAGUAAGCAAAGAAGGACGACCGCGAACCAUCAUAGUCAACUGGCAGCCGCCUUCAGAAGCCAACGGCAAGAUCACAGGUUACAUUAUUUACUACAGCACUGAUGUAAAUGCAGAGGUUCACGAUUGGGUCAUCGAGCCGGUUGUUGGUAACAGACUGACUCACCAGAUUCAGGAGCUCACCCUUGAUACCACCUACUAUUUCAAGAUCCAGGCUCGUAACUCUAAGGGAAUGGGUCCCAUGUCUGAAGCUGCACAGUUCCGCACUCCAAAAGCCGAAUCCUCUGACAAAAUGGCUAAUGACCAAGCUCCUGGGAUAGUGAAACCAAGACCUCUCACACCAGACCAAGGCUUUGGAUCAGGAGGAAAACCAGAUAUGUCUGGCACCGGUGAUAAUCACAUACUGGUUAUUGUCAUCAUCGUGUCUGUGGGGGCGUUCACCAUCAUUUUGGUGGUGGUUGGAGCUUUUUUGUGUACACGUCGCUCCUCCACACAGCAGAAAAAGAAACGUGCGGCCUGCAAGUCUGCAAAUGGAUCCCACAAAUACAAGAGCAAUUCCAAAGAUCUGAAGCCACCGGACCUCUGGAUUCACCACGAGCGCCUGGAGCUCAAAGCUGUUGAUAAAUCACCCGAACCCAACCCCGUCAUGACCGACACGCCAAUCCCCCGAACUUCUCAAGACAUCACCCCAGUGGACACCGCAAUGGAUCCCAUGCUCCAGAGACGCAACUCCUACCGCGGCCAUGAAUCAGAGGACAGCAUGUCUACCCUGGCGGGCCGUCGGGGAAUAAGACCUAAAAUGAUGAUGCCCUUUGAUGCACAGCCCCCUCAGCCUGUGAUUAGCGCUCACCCCAUCCAUUCCCUCGAUAACCAUCACCAUCAUUAUCACUUGGGCAGCCUGGCCUCGCCGACACGCAGCUAUCUACAUCACCAGAGCAGCCCGCGGUCCAUCGCCACCCCCAUCUCUCAUCUAGACAGGGCCGAUUCCACAGAAUCGGUACGGAACACGCCCAACGCCGACCUGCAUCCCCCGUCGGGCCAGCCCUCCUGCGCCACUGAUCUCUCAGAGACAGACAUCAGCUACCACAGCUCGGCUGCAGAGGACGAUCCCAUGUUUACAGCUCCCACCGCUCACGUUCGGCCCACACACGCCCUCAAGAGCUUCGCAGUGCCUGCCAUACCAGUUCACUCCAUGUACGACUCUUCAGCACUGCCCAGCACUCCACUGCUGUCUCAGACAGGGCCACACUCCGUUAAGACGGCCUCUAUCGGGACGCUGGGAAGAACGAGGACUCCCAUGCCUGUCAUAGUUCCAAGCGCUCCAGACGUGUCAGACAGCAGCAGACAUUAUGAGGAUUCUGGGAGCGUGAGUACAUCUAACUAUGAGACGGACGAGUUAACAGAGGAAAUGGCCCAUCUGGAGGGUUUAAUGAAGGACCUGAACGCCAUCACGACGGCCUGAACGUGAACCUCACCUGUCACAGUGAGGACGUGCAGCACAGAGGAGUUCUCAGUCAUUCGCUUAAAGGAGAGAGGAAGAACUUUGCUUUCUCUCGGGAAGGAAAAAACACAUCAUGAGGGACAGUGGACAUUUUGAGAAAGGACAACUAGUUCCUUCAUCAGAGGACAGAAAAGUUCAACCAUUCUAAAGCUUUUCCUUUUGUUUCAACGGAGACAGUUUGAAAAGACAUUUUAUUAUCCUGUGAAAAAAAGGAAAACGACGAUAUGCUGGUGUAAGUGUUGGUGCUCCUAAGGCACAAUUUACAGUGUUUAUUUGUGUCUUUUCUUUGUAUGUUUUUGUAUCUAUAUAUAUAUUGCCCCCGUUCCAGUGAGGUGAACGUUGGACUUGUCCUGUUUAUUUUCUCAUUUUGUAUUAAGCAUUUUGAUUGACGUCUCUUCCUCUUUUGUAUGACAUAUAAUGUGCCAUGUCUUAUUUUCUUAAACAUGUUUUGUAUUGUUUUAUAUGCAUAUACACUCAUCAGUUUGUAUAUAUAUGUUAAUAACUGACAUAUUUUGUCGCCAUGGCGAUUUUUCUUGACCCCAUGACAGCUUCUGUUCAGUCAAAGGCUGCUUUUUUUGGGGUUUGAAUGGAUUUUUGCCUUCGGUAAUGUCAUUUCUCCUUGUACAUUAUGCAUUUUUUACAUGGGAGUUCCCUUCAGAAAUUGCCUUAUUAAAUUCAUGGUAUGACAAAAUCAACUGUUUUACUCGAACUGUUUUCAGAACGCGUAUCACAAAACACUGUGAUAUUUAUUCUGUAAUGCUGAACCAUCAGCUGUCACUUUGUACAUUGGUACGAACAGGAGACCUCCAUCGCUCAUGCUGUCAGAGCCGGACUUCAAACGAUUGUUUGGUGCUGAAACUCAGAACUUCAGGUUGUACACAUUUAUAAAUGAUAAAAGUUUGGGACAGUGGAAAGUGCUUUGCAUGAUCUUUCACGACUUGCAUUAGUCUGAAUUCCAGAUGAGACACAAACUCAUUUAUUGAAUGAAUGACAUUCACUGUGAGAUUUUACUUUGUUUUAUAGACAAGAUAACAUUCUUGGCAUGUAACUCAUCAUGUAGAACUCCCACUUCUCAGCUUUUAUUUCCUGUUAUGUUACUUGUAUUUGUUAUAUGAAGAAUUUCAGUGUGAAAGGCAAAACCCCAACUGUUCCUCUCCUGCUGGAUAUGGUUUUGAUCUGUCCGUUUACCCAAAGAAAAUAUGUAACAGCAAUCAUUGGUUUUAAGAAAUUCACGUCACAUUUAACAUUUUAUUGAAUGUCAUUCUGACUGCAAGACAUUUUGGGUAACUAUAGGAACAUGGUUAAAAGCUUGGUAAAAACAGUACCUGUUUGGGCUAACCUGUUAAGUUGUUGACAGUCAAACCUUUAUUGCACUUUUUCAACAAUUUCAAGAAAAGAUAAAGAAAAAAAAACAUUUUUACAUAUCUUGUGUUUUGAAUAUAAAGCUCUAUUUGUGUAAUUUAGUGUCAUAGUUUAGCCUAGGCAGCUGGUCUCAUGUUUAUUUGCCGCUGGAAUAAUAUUUGAGUGGCAGGUUUUAUGGUGUUGCUUAUGCAGAAUUCUGUUGUUGCUUAUUUCUGUACAAAUAUCUUCUCGCUGUCUCUAGAAAUACUCUGUGGCUUUUUAAAAAAUAUUCUGAAAAACAUUACAUUUGUUGCCUCUUAUUUACAAGCUUUUACAUUUUUACCUAUUUUCCAGGAUUUUCACACUCAAGGCAUUUAGAAUAGUAAACGCUUCUAAUAAUCCAGAGUUUUAAAAUUGUAAAGGAAUUGCAAUAAUAUGCAAUUACAUGAUGGGAAUUGUGCUCAUUAAUUGCUAUGCAUAACUUGAAUUAUAUAUACAGAAUUGUUUUUUGUUGAUGCAUGCCAUUUGCAUUUUCAUACCAGAUUGCAGGUUUACCAUUACCAUUUAGAAACUUUUUUU